CGACUGAGGGGAGGGAGCGUGCUUCAGCGAGGUCUGACGCGGCGUGCCGAGAGAGCGGGAGGGAGUGUUUUGUGGGAAAGCCUGUGCCGGCGACAGCUGUCACGGAGCGUAAUAUAUCCUCCACAUUCAAAACUCACAGAUAAAGAGAAAACCAGUAUUUGCUAUUUGUCUUUUCCAGAUUCUAAUUCAGGUUGUCUUGGGGACACACAGUUUUGUUUUAGAUUUCGACGGGCUCCUGGAAGGAAAGUCUCAUUGUGUUGUUUUCUGGACCAAUUGGAUAGAGAUCUACCAGUUUACUUAAAGAAAGAUCCAGCAUAUUAUUACGGCUAUGUAUAUUUCAGACAAGUUCGAGACAAAUCAUUAAAAAGAGGCUAUUUCCAGAAGUCGCUGGUCCUCAUCAGCAAGCUACCUUAUGUCCAUCUCUUUCGCACCAUGCUUAAGCAAAUAGCACCAGAAUAUUUUGAAAAAAGUGAAGCUUUCCUGGAAGCAGUUUGUAGUGAUGUAGAUCGUUGGCAACCACCAAUUCCAGGGAAGAUACUGCAUUUGCCUAUUAUGGGUACUAUAAUGAAGUUGCGGAUUCCAACAUAUCGUGACAAGCCUGGAACAACGCCAAUAGUACAGAAUAUGCACGAGGCAGAUGCUCCGAUCUCCAUGGCUUUACCGACUGUUCAUGAAGUAGAUCUUUUCAGGUGUUUCUGUCCAGUGUUCUUUCACAUUCAGAUGCUUUGGGAACUAGUACUGCUAGGAGAACCACUUGUCGUGAUGGCACCAUCACCAUCAGAAUCUUCAGAGACCGUGUUGGCACUUGUUAGUUGUAUUUCACCAUUAAAAUACUGCAGUGAUUUCAGGCCAUACUUUACUAUACAUGACAGUGAAUUUAAAGAAUAUACAACUCGCACACAAGCCCCACCUUCUGUCAUUCUAGGGGUGACGAAUCCUUUUUUUGCUAAAACACUUCAGCAUUGGCCACACAUUAUCCGAAUUGGAGAUAUUAAACUUCCAGGUGAAGUUCCAAAGCAGGUGAAAGUGAAAAAACUGAAGAACCUGAAAACUUUGGACUCCAAACCUGGUGUCUAUACUUCUUACAAGCCAUACUUGAACAAAGAUGAAGAGAUCGUUAAACAGUUACAAAAGGGUGUGCAACAGAAACGUCCUACAGAAGCACAGAGUGUGAUUCUUCGGAGGUAUUUUUUGGAAUUGACGGAAAGUUUCAUUAUUCCACUAGAACGUUAUGUGGCAAGCCUAAUGCCUUUGCAAAAAUGCAUAUCACCAUGGAAAAGUCCACCACAGCUGAGGCAGUUUAGCCAAGAUGACUUCAUGAAGACACUGGAGAAAGCAGGACCACAGCUCACAUCAGGUUUAAAAGGAGACUGGAUAGGACUUUACAGGCAUUUUUUGAAAUCGCCAAACUUCGAUGGUUGGUUUAGGAGCCGGCAGAAAGAAAUGACACAGAAAUUGGAGGCCCUUCAUUUAGAAGCACUCUGUAAUGAGAACUUGGUUUUCUGGAGUCAGAAGCAUACUGAAGUAGAAACAGUGGAUCUUGUCUUAAAGUUAAAGAAUAAACUGUUGCAAGCUGACAGAGAACGCCUUCCUGUGAAAACUGACACCCUGAAAAAGCUGCAGACACACAUCAAUGAUAUUAUACUAGCACUUCCAGAUGACUUACGGGACAUCUUGCUCAAAACUGGCACAACGUGA